GGCUCGGGAGGGGUCGGAUUGGUGGGUUGGGGGCCGGGGGCCGCCAGAUCCGGGACUCGGGCGCCUCUGACUGAGCUCCAAAGGGUUACAGCCCUUCGCCCCCUCCUCCCGCCUCCUCCCUUCUCCGCCCCCAGGCUCUUCCUGUCCCGCAGUUGCAACACCCCAUCUGCCACUCUCCCUGCCCUCCCACCUCCUCGCUCCUCUCGGCUUUAAUUUUCUCCCAGUUCGCAGGACUCGGGCUCCAGCUCUGGCCUUUGGGGUUGGAGGACCCGGCCCGGGACCGAGCCGUGAUCUUCACCCCGGUCUCCACCUCAGCUCCCCUGCCCGCGGCCCCGGGCUCCUCUCGGGACCUGCCGGGCCCGCGCAUCCCGGACUCCGCCGCCGCCGCCGCCACUGCCUGAGCCCUGAUGGGGGAGUGAGAGGCCACAGCUGGCCGGACAUGGGCCUCCCCACCGUGCCUGGCCUCCUGCUGCCACUGGUGCUCCUGGCUCUGUUGGUGGAAAUAUACCCCUUAAGGGUUACGGCACUGGUCCCUCACCUCAGGGACCGGGAGAAGAGAGCUAUUCUGUGUCCCCAAGGAAAAUAUAUUCACCCUCGAGAUAAUUCCAUUUGCUGUACAAAGUGUCACAAAGGGACCUACCUGUACAAUGACUGUCCCGGCCCAGGGCUGGACACGGACUGCAGGGAAUGUGAAAAUGGCACCUUCACAGCUUCUGAGAACCACCUCAGACAGUGCCUCAGCUGCUCCAAAUGCCGAAAAGAAAUGAACCAAGUGGAGAUUUCUCCUUGCACUGUGUACCGGGACACUGUGUGCGGCUGCCGGGAGAACCAGUACCGGCAUUACUGGAGUGAAACCCUUUUCCAGUGUGUGAACUGCAGCCUCUGCCCCAAUGGCACGGUGCAGAUCUCCUGCAAGGAGAGACAGAACACCGUGUGCACCUGCCACGCGGGUUUCUUUCUAAGAGAGAAUGAAUGCGUCUCUUGUGUUCACUGUAAGAAAAACACAGAGUGCACAAAGUGGUGUCUACCCCCUGUGGAAACGGUUAAGGUCCCUCAGGACCCAGGUACCACAGUGCUGUUGCCCCUGGUGAUCUUCUUUGGCAUUUGCGUUUUAUCCUUCAUCGGUGUAAUGUGCCGCUACCAACGGCAGAAGCCCAGGUUCUUCUCCAUUGUUUGUGGGAAAUCGACACCUACAAAGGAGGGGGAGCCUGAGACCCUGGCCUCGGUGGCAGGUUUCAGUCCCACCACGAGCUUCAGUCCCAUCCCCAACCCCACCUUCAGCCCCAGGUCCGUCUUCACCCCUAGUGACUGGUCUAAGUUCAGGGCUGCAUCAGUCUCUGGAGAGAUGGCCUCACCCUACCAGGAGGCCGGCCCCAUCCUCACUGCGGCUCCAGCCUCCACCCCCAUCCCCACCCCUGCUCAGAAGUCGGAGGACAGCACCCACACUCAGUGCCCAGAAGCCGACCCAGCGGAUCCGGCGACUCUGUAUGCCGUGGUGGACGGCGUGCCCCCGUCGCGCUGGAAGGAGUUCGUACGGCGGCUGGGGCUGAGGGAGCACGAGAUCGAGCGGCUGGAGCUGCAGAACGGGCGCUGCCUGCGGGAGGCGCACUACAGCAUGCUGGCGGCCUGGCGGCGGCGUACGCCGCGGCGCGAGGCCACGCUGGAGCUGCUGGGCCGAGUGCUCCGCGACAUGGAACUGCUCGGCUGCCUGGAGGACAUCGAGGAGGCGCUGUGUGCCCCCGCCUCCCUCUCGCCGGCGCCCCGCCUCCUGCGAUGAGGCCACGCCCCGCCCCGGCAGGGGCCUGCCCUGAGGACCAAUGCCUCCUGGCGGGGCUGCCCGGAAGGACGGUGCAAGAUGCCCUUCGGACCCUUUUUUCUGGACGGGGGCCUUGGAACGGCAGGCAUGGCUGUCAGCCACCUACUUGGUGCUACUCUUUCAGUGUACAUAGAUUUUCUCAGCUGCCGGA